UUUAACAAAAACAUUAUUUUGUCCCAGGCUGGUGACUUUACAAAUCACAAUGGUACAGGAGGGAAAUCUAUAUAUGGCAGUCGAUUUCCUGAUGAAAAUUUCAUCCUUAAACAUGUUGGACCUGGUGUCCUCUCAAUGGCCAAUGCUGGUCCCAACACAAAUGGAUCUCAGUUCUUUAUUUGCACGGCCAAAACAGAUUGGUAAGCAUUGG